AUGGAGGAUCAACUAAGACAAUUAAGAGACAUUUUCGAUCGGUUCGACAUGGACGCAGACGGAAGCUUAACGAUCUUAGAACUCGCGGCGCUUCUCCGGUCACUCGGUCUCAAACCUUCUGGCGACCAAAUCCACGUUUUGUUAGCAAGCAUGGAUUCAAACGGCAACGGUUUUGUCGAAUUUGAUGAGCUCGUUGGCACAAUUCUUCCUGAUAUGAACGAAGAGAUCCUCAUCAAUUCGGAGCAAUUGCUCGACAUUUUCAAAUCGUUCGAUAGAGACGGUAAUGGAUUCAUCAGCGCGGCCGAGCUAGCCGGGGCAAUGGCCAAAAUGGGGCAACCAUUGACGUAUAAGGAGUUAACAGAGAUGAUCAAGGAAGCUGAUACAAAUGGGGAUGGUGUUAUAAGCUUUGGAGUAUUUGCUUCAAUUAUGGCUAAAUCUGCUGUUGAUUAUUUCGGUAUAAAGAUUAAUUCAUGA